AAGAAUAGCAGGAAAGGAGAGAAGCUGACAGAAGCAAGAGGAGAACUGAGAGAAACUGCACUUCCUUCGCUGCUUCCUGCCAACAAACAGAAAGAGAGAGAAGAGCAUUGAAAAUCAUUUUUGAAGAGGCUCAGAAGAAACUCAAAAGAAGCUGUCAUGAGUCUAGGACCGGCUUGCAUUUUCCUAAGAGGAUCUAAAAAUGCACACCGUCCUCUUGCUGACGAGGAGAUAGACGAGCUGCGCGAGGCAUUCACUGAGUUUGAUAAGGAUAAGGACGGUCUGAUCAGCUGUAAGGAUUUGGGAAACCUGAUGAGGACGAUGGGCUACAUGCCCACUGAGAUGGAGCUGAUUGAACUGAGCCAGAACAUCAACAUGAACCUCGGAGGGAGUGUCGAUUUUGAGGAUUUUGUUGAUCUCAUGGCUCCAAAGCUGCUGGCAGAAACAGCUGGAAUGAUUGGAAUGAAGGAGUUAAAAGAUGCAUUUAAAGAGUUUGAUAUGGACGGCGACGGAACAAUCACCACUGAAGAACUGAGGCUUGCGAUGCUGAAACUGUUAGGUGAAAACACAAAUAGGAGGGAAGUAGAAGCCGUGGUGCGAGAAGCAGACAACAAUGGAGAUGGGACUGUCGAUUUUGAGGAGUUUGUCAAAAUGAUGUCUAAAAAUUGAGAAGACACCUGAGAUGUUGAAGACGGUCUGAGAAAAAAAAAUCACUGCAGGAAUGGAAACAUCUGCAUCAGAGACUCAAACCGUCAUUAAAGUCACUGGAUUAUGUAUUCUAUGCAAAUGGGAACUGUAUUUUAUACUAUAUUUUGUUUGUACAUUUAUAUCUUAACCACUGUUUCGCUUUGUUCGAUGACCUAAAACUAAUAAACGACGCACUCUUAUGAACUCUGUAAAAUGUUUAUGUCAUAUAUCAUUAUUUUGUAACAAUAUUUCAGAGAUAUGUAUGUU